AUGGUAACCUUAAUACUUAGCAUUUUUUCCAUCCUAGUAAUAAUAGAAUUUCUUCUAGGAAAUUUUGCAAACGGCUUCAUAGCACUGGUGCACUGCAUUAACUGGAUCAAGAGACAAAAGGUCUCCUCAGUUGAUCAAAUUCUCACUGCUCUGGCUAUCUCCAGAAUUGGUUUGCUCUGGGUAAUGUUUAUAAAUUGGUAUGUAAUUUUGUUGGAUCCAUAUUUAUACAGCUUAGAAGUAAGAAUUAUUUUUCAAAUUGCCUGGACCUCCAGCAACCAUUUUAGCAUCUGGCUUGCUACUAGCCUCAGCAUCUUUUAUUUGUUCAAAAUAGCCAAUUUCUCUAGCCUUAUUUUUCUUCGCCUGAAGUGGAGAGUUAAAAGUGUAGUGCUUGUGACACUUCUGGGGUCUUUGUUCUUUUUGUUUUCUCAUGUUGUGGUGGUGAGCAUGUACGAGAAAGUGCAGACUAAGGUAUAUGAAGGAAACAUCACUGGGAAGACCAAAUGGAUGGACACAGCACACCUCUCCAAUAUGACUGUAUUCACACUAGCAAACUUUGUACCCUUUAUGCUAUCGCUGAUAUCUUUUGUGCUGUUAAUCUUUUCCCUCUGGAAACAUCUCAAGAGGAUGCAGCUCUUUGGCAAAGGAUCCCAAGAUCCCAGCACCAAGGUCCACAUAAGAGCCAUGCAAACUGUGAUCUCCUUGCUCUUGCUGUUAGCUGCUCACUUUCUGAAUCUAAUUGUUACAGUUUGGGGCUCUAAUGGGCUGACGAACCAACUGUUCUUCAUGUUUUGCCAGACGCUUGGAUUCAUGUAUCCUUCAAUCCAUUCGUUGAUGCUGAUUUGGGGAAACAAGAAGCUAAAACAGGCCUUUCUGUCUGUUUCAUGCCAGGUGAAGUACUGGCUGAAAGAACAGAAACACUCGACUCCAUAG